UAUCUCCACGGAGGAGCUUAUUUGUAUGUGGUCCUAUGUUCUCAUUUCCAUACUUGUUUGCCGAUAAGUUAAUUAUUAACAGCCUAAUGGACCCUUGUACACAUCGUGAUCCAGUCGCCCAGCUUUCCAAGAAAACUGGUGCCCCCGUUUUGUCGGUGCGAUACCGUCUUGCGCCGCAGCACCCUUUCCCCUCCGCCCUAGUCGAUGCUUUGGUCGCGUACUUGACUCUCAUCGCUCCGCCGCCAGGUUCUUUUCAUGCACCCGUUCCUGCAAGCAAAAUCAUCCUUUCGGGUGACUCUGCGGGAGGGAAUCUAUGCCUUGUACUUCUACAGACAAUUUUGACGCUGCGCCGCGUCUCCCCAACUGUCCGCUUCCAUGGGCAAGAGACCUUGGUCGAACUCCCCGCCGGAUUAGCCAUGAGCUCACCAUGGUGCGAUAUCACGCGGUCUAUGCCCUCCGUCGUUGAUAAUGCGCUAUACGACUAUCUUGCGCCACCGUCCCAGGUCCCUGAAACGCUCUUCCAGCCCCCCAGAGUUCCUGCCGACAGCGUCUGGCCCCGCAACCCGCCGCGAGUCGAUCUUUAUGCCAACGCCGACGCCAUCAUCCAUCCUCUAGUAUCCCCGCUAGCUGCUCGCAAAGAACUCUGGAAAGACUCCCCACCGAUUUACAUGAACAUGGGAGAAGAGGGUCUUGCAGACGAAGGCCUCAUACUUGCUCGCAAAAUGCACCAAGUUGGGGUUCCUGUUGUCGUGGAACAGUUCGAGGGCAUGCCGCACUGUUUCGGUCUCAUCAUGAUUAAGACGCCGGCUGGAAAGCGCUUCUUUGACGGGAUGUCUAAAUUCUGCAAUGAUGUGGUUGCCGGUCGUGUUGGGUCACCUGGCAAUUUGACCUACAUCGGGUAUAAAUUACGGUCGACUCGUGAGAUCCCGUUGGAUAAGGCCGUUUCCUUGACGGACGAGGAGGUCGAUGAGCGGUUACGCAAGACCGCGCAAUGGCGGAUUGAGGGGGAGAAGGAGCUACAGAAACAGUAUUCGGAGAAAGCGAAGUUGUAAAUUGUUCGCUUCUCAUUACUUAUAUAUAUGGUCGUUGAGUCUCAUUCUCGAUCUUGACUCUUUGGUUUGCACAUACCCCCCCCCCCGGCGGAGUUGUUUGCUCGUUUUGGCGUCCGAGUGUUUUCUUUUACUUUCUUUGCUUAUAUUUUCUCUUUUUAUUCUCUAUUUGAUAAAGUCCAUAUGUGAUCCACUUAUAUAGUAUGGAUGUACAUACCACGUGGGUGACGCUGUGUCGAAUGUCGUAUCUCGUUAUCUCGAUAAGAUUAGAUUAAAUGAGCCACUACAUACUUUCUCCA